AUGAGCGACGAAGAGCAGCUGUCAGCAGCUUCACAAAGAAGAAGCCGUUGGCAUGUUGCUUUGCUUGCAAACAGUGAGUACCAUGAUCAACGCAAGAACUUGCCGGGUGUGGUGGACGAUGCAGCGAGACUGGAAUCCUGCGAGUUCUACCAAGCAGCGAAAUCCAAGCGACGAUGGGACAACCUGACCUUCGAGGAAACGAGAGAGCGUUUUCAGCAGUGGUUUGAAGACUGGAAAGAUGGUGAUAUGAUAAUGUUUUUCUUCUUUGGCCAUGGGGCAUACUCUGUGGAAAAGCGCACACAAUGCAUGCAGGCUGUCGAUGGUUGGCUGGUGGAUCUCAUGAGCUUUAAGGACUACAUCCAGAGUCUGAGAAACAUCAGGUUUUGUGGCUUCUUUGCCUGCUGCCAAAAUCAACCAAGCGACCCUGAUUACGUGUGCAAGUUGUUUCCGCUGUCAUCGCCGAUUCCGAACAUCAAUUGUGACACACUGUUUCACUUUGCUUGCAGACCUGGGCAAGUUAUGUACGACGCACCGGCGGCCCAGGGGAAGUGUGUGACUGAGUACACAUCCUGCUUGAUUAAAAUCCUUUGCAACGGCAGGUGCGUGAGCGACAUUCCAUUAUAUCUCCAGGAAAAAGUCAGCGAGAAAACCUGCAUGCAGCAGCAGCCUGAAUGCAUAAGCUCCUUCAGGGAUUGUGCAAUCUGGGACGGCGAGACACAGAUUGCUUCCUUGAGUUCAUUCUCGGCAUGCGGGUCUGCAGGAAAUGAAUUCAAUGCUUUGGUGCCAGACUUGGACUUACAAACUUUGGACACCUUCAAUGCUUUGGUGCCAGACUUGGACUUACAAACUCCGGACACCUUCAAUGCUUUAGUGCCAGAUUCGGACUUAGAAACUCCGGAACCCUUCGACGGUCGUCUAAAGGACUGGAAAUUGCAGAAGGCAAUGCUGGAACGCGACUUGGAGAUCAACUUUGGACUUAGAACCCUGGAUACCUUCGACGAUCGUCCGCCAUACGACUGGAAAUUGCAGAAGGCAUUGCUGGAACGCGACUUGGACUACGAAAAGCAGAAAGCACUGCUGGAACGCUGUUUGAAGAUCCAGGAGCAGCACGACGGUUCUGAACACCCCGAAGUGGCCAAGACACUCCUCAACCUUGGCAAUGUCUGCUUGCUGGUCGCCUUCGACCUGUCAGUGGGUGGCGCCGCGGUGGAUGUGCGCGAGGUGUUUCGCACGGCCCACCUCGCCGAGGUACCCCCGGUGCUCAGGAACACGCCUGCUGCGGAGCAGGAUGAGGAGGCGAGUGCCCAACUCAGCCCUUCGCUGGACUAUCUGCGGCCCAUCACGGACGUUUCGGCACCCCUCUCCAAGAGCAGCGUGGAGAUGGCAGCAACGGCGAAGGCAGAAGAUGAGCAGGCCACUGCGGUCUGUGCUGAGUUCGUCGAGGUGGACCCCGAGGACGAGGGGCCCACUCUGAUCGUGCUGGUCAGGGGGAGGCCUGUGCUGAUCUACCGUGCCUUCAAUAGCCAAGCAGAGGUUGCCUUCCUUUACACUCUGAGUGUUGCCUUCCUCGUGUCCAUCGCUGCAGCAGCCGGCCUCAUCACGAACUCAAUGAAAGGAGAGAAAGCCGACCUCCUGAAGUGGUGGCUGAAGUUUAUCGCAGGCACCCUGCUGAUUGUCUACUCGGUCUACAUGGCCUACGUAGACGGCUGGCUCAAGCCUUGUGGCUUGAAGGGGCCUGAUGACGACGAGGAGGACGACAAGGAGGAGGGCCUGCUUCAGACCGAUACGAGCACCGACUCUCAGGGGAAACGCAGCAACAUCGUGGUCGUGGCGUUGUUGGGGAGAACUGUCGGAACUGCAGACAUGACGAGCCUCGAUGAUUUCACGGUGUACCUCAUCAUGGCAGGCAGUGGCAUCUACACAUGGUACGAACUUAUCCUGGGAACUAUGCUCGGCUGCCUAAUUCUGGCGUCGAUCGUCCUCUUCCUGACAGAGAGCGCUGCGCUUUCCCAUAUCUUGGAGAGCAUACCGGCCUGGGCCAUUCUUCUGGCAUUGGGCGUCGUUGUACUCUCCGGUCUUUUCUGA